AUGUAAUUAAACCUUCCAUAUAUUGUAUAAUAUUUUGAAAUUGAUUAUAAUGAAAAAGAAAAUUUUAUUAAAGUUUUAUAAAACAUAAUUGUUAGAUAAUAAAAUUAGGAACAAGUUAUUAGUAGUUACAAUUACUAGCAAUUAUUUUAAAUUUAGCAUUUCUUGAAGGAUUUGGAUUACAUUUAUUAAGAUGAAAAGCAACGAAUAUAUUUUUUGAAAAUGAUAAUAUUUACAUUAGCAGAUUAGUUAGAUCUGAAAAAGUCAUAAUCUCUUAAUCAAUUUUUUAAUCAAACAAUUUGA